AUGUCUCAAUCAGAACAGCCGAGCCAUAGCUCGACACCUAGGUCUUUCACAAGCCAGACAGUUUCCGCAGAAGAACUUCUCAAGUCACAAACUGUUGGUUUAGUUCAUCUUUCUGAUUUUCGCAAGCGUCGCGCAGAGGUUCUCGAGCAGAAAGAACGAGAAGCGCAUGAUAAGUCACUAGGCAGGUUCACCUCUGGUAACUCGAGAAGCGCAACUCCAUCAGGUGGCGAUGUGACCGACAGCGCCUCGACCCGAAGCGAUGGGCCGCCGAAAAAGAAGAAGAAGAAGCCGCUUGCGAAGAGCAAGCUCUCUUUUGGAGAUGAUGAGGAAGAGGAUGAUAAUACCGGAGAAGAUUCUGCGGCCAGUAUACCUCGUUCCGCUUCACGAACGCCAGUAGACAACAGUUCUUUACCACCAUCACGUCGGAUUACUCCGAACCCAAACGCUCCACCCCCACCCAAAGCAAUGACAAAGGCCGCGCUGAAGGCAGAAGCUGAAGCGCGGGAUGCCUUGCGCAAGGAAUUCCUGGCGAUGCAGGAUGCCGUCAAGAACACAGAAAUCUUGAUACCAUUUAUUUUCUAUGAUGGAACGAAUAUUCCCGCGGGUAUGGUCAAGGUUAAAAAAGGCGACCCAGUUUGGUUAUUUUUGGACCGAUGCCGAAAGGUGGGCGCUGAACUGGGAGUUGGCGGUAACAGUGGUGCUUCAAAGGGACGGAAAGAUAAUCGGCGCGAAUGGGCAAGGGUCAGUGUCGAUGAUUUGAUGCUAGUCAAGGGGGAGGUAAUCGUUCCACAUGUGAGUGGUUGUUUUCAACCCCAUAAUAUCGUGGCCAAGGUGCUAACCAGCGUCAAGCAUUACGAACUGUACUAUUUUAUUGCCAAUCGAGUACCCAGCUUCUCAAGCGCAGGAGGAUUGCUGUUCGACUAUUCCAACAAGCCCCCUGAAACAGCCCCUGCCAAUGAUGAUCCUCUAUCGAGAUCGAAUACCGACCAACUUGAGGGCGCUGAUAAGGAUCCUGUAGCUACGAAGGUCGUUGAUAGACGGUGGUAUGAGCGGAAUAAGCAUAUUUACCCUGCUAGUCUAUGGCGAGAAUACGAGCCAGGACCAGAAUUCGAGGAGAAGAUGCGCACAACACGACGUGAUGCUUCAGGAAAUACCUUCUUCUUUUGA